AACAAUUAACUCAGAUAUUUAGACAAUUUCUACGAGUUUUAUUUCGAUGGAAUUGACCUACCGCAAAUUCCAUGCCCUUAUUUGUGAAAAAUGUUACAAAAAGCUCACACAAACCAAUUUCAAAUUUUUAAAUCAAUUCUUACGACUUCUGAAACAUUUUUUAGAACAAACAAGUUCUUUUUGCCAAAUAUCUUCAUAAAUAUAAGUUGCAGGUCUUGUCGUGACGCGUAUUUCCAGUCUUAUAUAUUUUUUCGCUUACCUGCAUAAUCUUUGCUCGAAUGUUUGAGUACCUAAAAUAUAAGUUUUUCUCGUGUACGCAUCCCUUAAUUCGUGAUGGCUUGAUGGGAUACCAAGUAUAUUCAUUCUUAUAAAUGAGAAUUUAAUGAUGAACAUAGACAUUGUGCUAAAAGAAUAUUUCGUCAUGGUUACCAUGUAAACAAAUGCUGAGAACUAUUAGCAGAGUAUAAGGAAUAAUAAUUUUUCACCCAGCACUCGAACCUUAUACACACUGGGUACAAUUAUACAAAAAGAAGUAUUAUGGCAGCAGUGGUUCAGGAAAGGACUGUCCCUCCCACUGAUACUCUGAUAAAGUAUGAGAAUCCUGUCCUUGUCACCACUCACCCAGAAAGGAAGAAUAGAGAUGCAUCACCAUCUAAGGUUGGGAUGACAGCAUGUAAAGUACAAACAGCACUGCCAACAACUGACAUUCGACGCGAAACUGAUGAGAUCUUGAAUGGAAUUCUGCCUCCAAAAGAAUGGGAGGAAGAUUGUCAAAUAUGGACUCAACGUGUGUCGAGUAUACCGGCUACCAGAUUAGACGUCAUCAAUCUGCAAGAACAACUUGAUAUGAGACUACAGCAACGACAAGCUAGAGAGACUGGGAUCUGUCCUGUCAGGCGAGAACUUUAUACACAAUGUUUUGAUGAAGUGAUUCGCCAAGUAACGAUCAAUUGUGCUGAACGUGGGUUACUUUUGUUCCGAAUUAGAGAUGAGAUUCGCAUGACUAUGGCUGCGUAUCAAACGCUUUAUCAAAGUAGCAUAGCAUUUGGCAUGCGUAAGGCUUUACAGGCUGAACAGGGAAAGGAAGAUCUUAUAUUAGCCGCGGAUGAAUUACGCGUUCAAAAGGUCGAGCUUGAAAAAAAUGUUGCUGAGUUGAGACAGAAAUUCGAACAAGCUGAAACGAGAGCUGCGGAAGUGCGCGAAGCUGAGGAUAAAAAACAUUCUGAGGAAAUUCAAUUUCUAAAGAAAACAAAUCAGCAACUCAAGACACAACUUGAAGGAAUCAUUGCAACAAAAAAGUGAUUCUCAAGCAAACAAUUUCAUUUCCAAGACUUUCUACAGGCUUUUCUAUAUGGAAUACCGUUUUCAUGAAAAUAAUUUCUCAUCGUAUAAAAUACAUAAAUAUGAUUUAUUCGAAGAACACAUUCAAAUUAAAAUAAAUGUACUUUCUCGCUUUGAAUGUUAAAUAAUAAGGUAAUUUCCUAAUCUACUUUCGAUUAAUUGCUUAUACUAUACUCUGUAUAAAUAUACUAUAAUUGCUAUACUGUACCAGCGAACUUCCACAUAUUAUCAUGGAAUUUACAUACUUUUGCGAAUUAUAAUAGCAUUUCUUGCAAAAUUUAAUUUAUCAGCUUACAUGGUGUAUUUUUCACUGACAGUUAAGGCACGCAUGCAUAUAUAGAUUACUUUCUAUUGUGGAACAGAUGGACAUCCUGAUAACCCUUUACUUGCUAUGUAUGAUAUACAU